GGUCUCUUAUCUCUGUCUCACAAGUCACCCCUGGCCCCUCUUCCUUCCUGGUGCUCGAAGACUCUGUCCUUGCUGGAAAACCCCCUGGCUUCUCAGGCCCGCUUUCCACCUUCGGGAAAAUACCCACUAUCUGCUGGCCGCCUUUUUCCUUUCCCGAGCGCAGGUCCCCACCGAUGGAAUCCAACCUCAAAACAGGAAGCCCCGGGCUAGUGCCCCUUCUGCUCCUGAGGCUUAGGCAGGCCAUGGGCGUGGGACGAAGUCUUCCUGAAUGCCCAGCUCCCCCCCGCCGCCUAUCCCAUGGCCCUGCCCAGAACUGAUGGCCUUCAUUAGCCCCUGGCACUUAUCUUGGAGCCGCAGCUGCCCAUAGGACGUUCCCAGCCCUUCUCUCUGCCUGCCCUGAGUCCAGCAGUGCCAUGGGGAACUGUCUGCAGUACCAGGUGGCGGAUGAGGACUCUACUAAGUUCCCCUUUGGAGACGAUAUUUGGGACGAGUUUAAUGAUUCCUAUGACCUGAACUAUAACUACAGCAAUGUGGACGCAGCUGCCCCCUGCCGCUCGUGCAGCCUGCUGGACGGCUCCUCGUUGCCCUUCUUCAUCCUCACCAGCGUCCUGGGCAUCCUUGCCGGUGGGGCGGUCCUCUUCGCGCUCCUCCGACCGCUCUCCCGCUGGCAGGUGUGCCCCGAACGGCCUUUCCUGAUGCAGCUGGCCGUGGGCAGCACCCUCUUCAGUACUGCGGUGCCCAUCCUGGCACCAGGGCUGAGCGGUGUCCAGGGCACAGCGCUGUGCCAUCUGGCCCACAUGGUCUGGUAUGGCUCAGCCUUUGCCCAGGCUAUGCUGAUAGGCUGCCAUGCCUGCCUGGGCCCCAAAAUGAGCACAGGUCAGGGCCCCAACAUCACCCUGGGGCUCGGUGUGGGACUCUGGGGAACGGCUAUCCUACUGGGGCUGCCAGUCACCCUGGCCACUGACACUUCCCAUGGAUUCUGCUCCGUGACAUUCAGCAAGAGCCACUGGUUUCUGCAGCUGUCACACGUCAUGGCCUGUUUCACCAUCUUCACCUUGUUGCCACUGGGUUUGCUAGGAGCCAAGGCACUGAUGAAAAUACUGGGCAGGUGGCCGUGUCCCUGGGUCAACGUCCUGUGGGCCUGGUUUGUGUUCUGGUGGCCCUAUGGGGUGGUUGUGGGCUUGGACUUUCUCGUGAGGUCCAAGACCUUGGUCCUGUCAACAUGUCUGGCCCAGCAGGCCCUGGACUUGCUACAGCACCUGGCAGAGGCCGUGGCCAUUCUGCACUGCGUGGCCACACCCCUGCUCCUGGCCCUGUCCUACCACCAGACGGCACGCACCUCCCGGUCCUCCCUGCCCCUCCCGCUCAGACAGCCUUCUCAUCUGGACACCGAGGGAGCAAAGUCUUAGCUCUCUUCCCACCUGUCCGCCUGAAUUA